AACACACCCGACAAAAUAUAAAGCCGUUGGUUUAUCAGCAGUUAACCUGAAAAACACAACUUCGUCAACAGCUUCCGCGUGUUUUUCAUAUUUCCACAUAUCUAUUAUUAAUAUCCAUGGAUUUUUAUCACAACUGAUACAUUUUAUAAAUAAAUAACACUUCAAUACAUAUUUAUUGAUCAUUAGUCAAUCGUAAAACCGAUUAUUUUUUUUAAAUUUUACCUCCGAAAUGGCAGAGUACCUUGCCUCUAUUUUCGGUACUGAAAAGGACAAAGUAAAUUGUUCAUUUUAUUUCAAAAUAGGAGCAUGUCGUCACGGCGAUAGAUGCUCAAGGAUUCACAACAAACCAACUUUCAGUCAAACAUGCUUACUUCAAAAUCUUUAUGUCAAUCCUCAAAACUCAGCUAAAAGUGCUGAUGGCUCUCACUUGGUCGCUAAUGUUUCUGAUGAGGAAAUGCAGGAGCAUUAUGACAAUUUUUUUGAAGACGUGUUUGUAGAGUGUGAAGAUAAGUAUGGGGAAAUCGAAGAAAUGAAUGUAUGUGACAAUCUUGGUGACCAUCUUGUCGGUAAUGUCUACAUUAAAUUUCGACGUGAAGAAGAUGCCGAGAGAGCUGUAAACGAUUUGAAUAAUCGUUGGUUUGGCGGUCGUCCAGUUUAUGCUGAACUCUCACCAGUUACCGAUUUUCGAGAAGCCUGCUGUAGACAAUACGAAAUGGGAGAGUGUACGCGGUCAGGUUUCUGUAAUUUCAUGCACUUGAAGCCGAUUUCCCGCGAAUUACGUCGCUACUUGUACAGCCGUAAAAAGGGAGGAAAAGGAGGACGUUCUAGAAGUCGCUCACGAUCACGUGGCAGAGAUCGCAAGCACAGAUCAAGAUCCCGCGAACGCCGAUCGCGUUCCCGAGACCGACGGAAGGGAGGCGGCCGGGAAGACCGAGGACGUGAUGGACGUUCUGGAAGAUACUGAACUCCUUCAAUUAUCACCAUUGAAAAAUCUUAUUUCUUUUGUCUAAAUCUGCAACACCAAUUUUUACAUAACAUUAAUUUUUUUUAUUAUAACAAUUAUGUAAAAUUCAUGCAUUUCUUAUUGAUGUGUAAAAAUCUUUAUUUUCUAUCAAUGUAACAGUUGAUAAUCUCAACGAUAAUCAAUAUUUGAGGGCAUAAAAUAUAAUAAAUAUAUAAAGGUUUUUUUAUCAGCUUGUACUGUAACAGGUUACUAAUAAACCGAUAGCAAUGAUCAUUUCCUUUAUAAUUUAAUUAAAUAAUUUUUUCUAAUGAACAGAUUUUGAAUGACAGCCAAAACAGCAGGCGUUCAAAAAAAUUUUUAUAUUUAAAUAAACAAUAAAUAGAACAUAAAUUUAAUA